UCCUUAGUAUCUGGGGCGGGCGCAGGAGACGGCACCUGGGAGCAGAAUCGCCUCCUGGGAUGGGUGUCCAUCCGCUGGCCACCCAAGGGUGCAUCGCUUCUCGGACCUGGACGGAACUUCUGCCCUCCUCCACAGAACGCCCGGCGGGCUGAGCUCCAGGCAUCCUUUGAAUCCCUCCACAGCUGCCCAGGGCACAGCGGCAGCAGCAUGGGGCUGAGCGAGAGCAAAAGCCUGGGGCCCAGCAGAGCCAUGCCGAAAAGACAGAAAGAGUCUCUCCACGUUGCCGCCAGGAAGGGCCACUACGACACGGCCCUCUGUCUGAUCUCCCAGCGGAUGAGAGUCGUCAACAAACAGGACGCCAGCGGCAGGACCCCGCUCUUCUGGGCCACGGAAUACAGGCACGAGAAGCUGGUGGAGCUGCUCUUGUCGCACGGCGCAGACGUGGCCGCCCGGGACCACGAAGGGAACCUCUGCCUGCACUGGGCGGCCUUUGUGGGCUCUGCCCCCAUCGCCAGGAGGCUGCUGGAAGCCGGCUCCGACGUGAACGCCCAGAACCACCAGGGCGACUCCCCUCUGCACCUGGCCGCCCAGGAGAGAUCCUACCAGUGCCUGGUCCUCUUCCUCGCCCAGGGUGCCAAGGUCUUCCUGCCGAACAAAGACGGCCAGACGCCCCUGCAGUGCGCCAAGCCCAAUUCCCCAGCCUGGAGGGCCAUGCAGGACGCUGCCUCCCUGCCUCCGGGCCCAGAGGAGCGGAUCCUCAGCAGGGACAUCUCCCAGGGCUUUGAGGGCGUCCCCAUCCCCUGCCUCAACGGGGUGGACCAAGACCCGUGUCCCAGGGACUUCCACUACGUCACGCAGGACAUCCUGUCGAAUUACGAGGGUCUCUCCACCACGGACUUGUUGAGAACUCAGCACUGCGAGUGCUCCAGGACCUGCUCCAUGUCCAACUGCCCCUGCGUCCAGCGCAGCCGGCGCACCUGGUACACUCUGGACGGCCAGCUCGUGCCCACUUCGGCCAGGGAAGCCGAGAGAGGUUACGUCUACGAGUGCCAUGUGCUCUGCUGGUGUGCCAAGUCCUGCCCCAACCGGGUGGUGCAGAAGGGCCUCAGGAUCCAGCUCCAACUCUACAAGACGCUGGAGAAGGGCUGGGGGAUACGCACUGUGCAGGAUUUGCCCCGAGGGACUUUCAUUUGCCAGUACUUUGGGGAGCUGCUCCCCGACACAGAGAUUGAGCAGCGAGAAGAGGACACUUACCACUAUGUGAUGGAAACAGAGGACGGGCAGUACUACUACCUGGACGGCCGUUUCUACAGCGGGGUGGGCCGCUUCAUGAACCACGCCUGUGAGCCCAACGUGAUACCGCUGCGGGUGUGUGUGGGCCACGAGAUCCCGGGCAUUGCUUUCUUCACCCAUCGGGCCAUCCAGGCGGGCGAAGAGCUGGGGUUCAACUACGGCAGUUCCUACUGGGAGGUCAAAGGCCCGCACGCCUGCAAGUGCUACUCGCCCAAGUGCAGGUUCCCGCCGCCGCCCCGGGACGCGGGAGGAGACUCCGGCCUGGAGAGCGGCGGCAGCAGCAGCAGCUCCCGCCGUCCGCUCCGAGGCUUUGCGCUCAAAUCCAAGCGCAAGAACCCGCUGCGGGUCAUCACGCGCUCCCGCCGCGCUCAGCAGCAGGCCCGCGCUGCCUUGAUGGAGGCAGGCCCCCCGCAGCCGGGAGAGGAGGCCGAGGGGGCGUCGAGGCCGCCGCCGCCGCCUCCUGCCGCCGAGGCGUCCCCAGAUGCCGAAGGAAGGAGCCGCGGACCGGACUGAUGGUGCCCCCCCCCCGCUGCCGUGGACCCCCCUUCUGUGCCCUGAGCAAGCUCAAUAAAGAGGCGGAGAUGUGAAA